AUGAGAAGUGGCGAUGGCGGUCAUUACCACCGUAGUCAUAAACCCUCUCCCUCCAAUUUGAUUGUCCAGAAAUUCUAAUUUAGAGAGAUAAAGAAGGCUGCUUUUCUUUGAAACAAGUCCGAUACAAUCAAGGACGUCGUCGUCUUUGGGUGGUUGGGGACAAUGGAAGCUCAGGAGAAACCAGAAGAAACUGUAUCAGAACAUUCUCCGAAGCUAGCUGGGACUGUCAACUGGGGCACAGCAACUGUCGCUGGAGUAUUUGCAGGCAUGCUGUAUGGUGGUAGCAAAGAGGCAUCUGCUUCAGUCAGCAAGGAUGCUGAAGUAAUGCUGAAGCUUGGGAGCACACCAGACAAGCGGGAGCAAUAUUGUUUGAUGAGAGAUGCGAUGGAGAAAAGGUUCAUUCGGGUCACGCAAGGCUCAAUAGUUGGCGGAGUGCGUCUUGGCUUGUUCACUGCUACCUUUUAUGGUUUACAAAAUCUGCUAGCUGAAAAAAGAGGUGUGCUAGAUGUAUUCAAUAUUGCGGGAGCUGGGUCAGCCACUGCUGCGACAUUCGGGCUAUUAUUGCCAGGAUCAUUGCAAUGGCGUGGAAGAAAUAUGUUGCUGGGUUCAAUCCUUGGAGCAGCCAUUGGUUUCCCACUGGGGUGGGCUCACUUGAAGCUGGUGGAGAUGGCAAAUGAAGGGAAUCCGCCCCUGCAUCAAAGAGAACCACAGAGCGGUGUCGGUGCUGCUAUUGAGAGGCUCGAAGAAAAUUUGAACAAGUAGAACAGCUCCAUUGAGAGUUGAGAUUUCGUUAUGAAUUGGAAUAUGACUGGAUUUCGUGUUGCCUUUUUCCUUGUGUUGGUAGGCCUCAUAUACUGAGAAAUAACAGCACCUAGUAACAAGCAUGUUAUUGAGUUUUGAUAUCUGAAAAGGUGUUUUGACCCCUGAACAUUUUCUGUUAAUC